GGUAAAUGAAAAAAAAAGAACCCAAAAAGAGCAAGACAAACUCAAAAAAGGUAGUAGAGUAGUAUCUCAUGGAUUGCUUUAUACAAUACAAUAGAGCAAGCAGGCAGCAACAUUCCCAGGCUUGGGAUGAUCUUUGGUGUAUCUUCUCAAGUUGAUUACCCCUCUAAAUGAUGUUCGGGUUUCGGGCUGCUGCCGUUGUUGAUGUUGAUCCAUCUUUCAUCCAUCUGUCCCGAAGACCGAACGAACGACCGAUACAACUCACGUCUUCGUUUGCCAUCGUCGAUCCGUUUAGGCUCUUGUCGAUAACCAUGCUACUGACGACAGCUUCAUAUACCUAUAUGUUUGCUGAAGGUCUAUCAAAGUCCUCAGUAAGUGUCUUGUUUUUGUGCGGGAAGGUGAGUGUGAGAGAAUAUACGAGUGGCGCUUGGAAUUUCCCAAAAAAUUUGUAUUCGUUAAACAAAAAAUUGAAAAGUUAAAGAAUUAGAAAGAAAAAAAUGUCUUCAAAUAACAAAGUAAUCAUUAUGACAAUGAUAGUGACGCUUGUAAUGGUUUGUGUUUUGAGUGAUAGUUUAAAAAAACCUCCUAUAAUUGACAAGGAGCUACAAGUUGAGGAAGAAGGAAUCUAUACUAUCAGUGAUUUACCGCGAGUUUUUAAUCCAAACCUUAAAGGUCAAGGUAAUAAUCCACGAGGAAAUAAUAUCAAAUUAUUAGCUUCAACUAUAACAACAACAACAAUGGAUGGUGAACAUUUGGAUAAGGGGCAAAAGAAUCCCCAUAGUCGUUUGCCAGCGUUCCUCUUUAAUUCCGAUUUGAAUAAGAUCCAAUCGAAUGCGAAGAAUAUUGUAAAUGAUUCGGGGAAUAAUUUUGUUUACGAGCGCAACAUUAUUGUGGAGCCAAGUCUGCCCGCGGAUAAGAUACGUGCCGAAAUGGAGGCACUCGGCGGCGGCGAUAAGAUCAAGGGAGACAAUUCCAAGGGUGUGCAUAAGGAGAAGUUGUUGCAACGCAGACGACUGUCUCUACACAGGCGUAUUUUGAAAUCCAAGAGGAGAAGAAACAAGAAACGUUUAUCUAAAAGGCAUUUAAAGAAGAAAACCAAAUACUCCAAAAAUGUCAAUAAACUAGCAUUACCUCUUGCUCCAACAAUAAUAACCUCCUCUACCAACAAUAAAAGUCUCAUCCGCAAAGCUCGUGCAGUAACUGCCAAAAAGGAUCGCAUAUGGGACUAUGGAGUUAUUCCAUACGAAAUUGACCGUGUCUUCAGUGGCUCUCACAAGGCGCUCUUCAAGCAAGCAAUGAGACAUUGGGAGAAUUUCACUUGCAUCAAGUUCGUUGAACGUGAUCCCAAACUACAUCCGAAUUACAUCUACUUCACGGUAAAAAAUUGCGGGUGCUGUUCAUUUGUUGGCAAACGUGGUAACGGACGACAAGCUAUCUCGAUUGGCCGCAAUUGUGAAAAGUUUGGAAUUGUGGUCCAUGAAUUGGGCCAUGUGAUAGGAUUCUGGCACGAGCAUACCCGCACUGACCGCGACAAGCACAUAAUCAUAAAUCGGGCUAACAUCAUGAAGGGCCAAGAGUACAAUUUCAAUGUGCUCACACCUGAGGAUGUGGACUCAUUAGGCCAGCCAUAUGACUAUAACUCAAUUAUGCACUAUGCCAAGAACACGUUUUCUAAGAGCCUAUACCUCGACACGAUUCUGCCAAUUGGGCAGCCCAUCACAGAGGACCGCAUCGAAAUUGGCCAGAGGUUGAAAUUAAGCAGGGGCGACAUUGCCCAAGCAAACUUGUUGUACAAGUGUUCGGCAUGCGGAAGGACCUUUCAACAAAACUCCGGUGACAUAGUGUCACCACAAUUCUACUAUGGUGGUGGUGGCGAUGGUGAGGGUGGUAUAAAAUCCGGCAUCAACGAUGAAAUUGACAGUAUGCUGCCGGAACGCUGUGAAUGGCGAAUAACCGCAACCAAUGGUGAAAGGAUUAUUUUCAGGAUUCAUCAGUUGAAUCUUUUUGAAUCAACCAACUGUGAAAAGGAUUAUUUGGAGAUACGCGACGGUUAUUGGCACAAAUCACCCAUAAUAAAAAGGAUUUGCGGUAAUGCAACAACGGAAGUGAUUAAAACCGAUUCAAGUCGAAUGCUUAUUAGCUACGUGAACCAUAAUGUAGUUAAAGGAUUUAAAGGAUUCAUCGGGGAUUUCGAAGUAAUUUGCGGUGGUGAAAUCGACCUAACCGACGAGCGUCGCCUUGAUUCGCCAAAUUAUCCCGUCGAAUAUCUACCGGACAAAGAAUGUAUUUGGAAAAUAACCGUACCAGAGAAUCACCAGGUAGCCCUUAAGUUCCAAUCGUUCGAAAUAGAAAACCAUGACAAUUGUAUCUAUGACUAUGUCGAAAUACGCGAUGGCAAUCGAUCCGAUUCAGAGUUAAUUGGAGUCUUUUGCGGCUACAAAUUGCCACCGAAUAUAAAGACCAAUUCAAAUCAAAUGUACGUUAAGUUUGUGUCCGAUAGCACAGUACAAAAGGCUGGAUUUUCAGCCCUUUUCAUGCAGGAAGUGGACGAAUGCAAAUUUAGUGACCACGGAUGCCAGCAUGAAUGCAUUAACACCCUGGGGAGCUAUGAGUGUGGCUGUUUUGCUGGUUAUGAACUGCAAAGUGAUGGCAAAUCAUGUGAAGAUGCAUGUGGCGGAAUAAUCAAUGCCACAUCUGAAUAUGGCACAUUGACAUCACCUCAAUAUCCGGAAUUGUAUCCAUUGGAAAAGGAAUGUGUGUGGGAGAUUGUUGCACCACCCAAUCAUAAUGUUUUUCUUAGUUUCACUCAUUUCGAUUUGGAGGGAACGAAAUAUCAAUUUAGCGAAUGCAAUUACGACUAUCUGACUACCUUUUCGAAGCUGCGAGAUAAUCGCCUUAAGAAGAUCGGAGUGUUUUGUGGCCAUGAGAUUCCACCAAUUAUAAAUUCAGAACAGAACAUCCUGCGAUUGGAGUUUUUUUCGGACAAAACUGUACAGCAAACUGGAUUUGCGGCAUUAUUUCACAUAGAUAAGGACGAAUGCAGUGAGAACAAUGCCGGUUGCCAGCACCACUGCCAGAAUACACUGGGCUCGUACAAGUGCAGUUGCCGGAAUGGCUAUACUCUGAACGAUGAUGGCCACAACUGUACCGAAACGAAAUGCAAAUUUGAAAUAACCAAUCCGUAUGGGAUAGUCCACAGCCCCAAUUAUCCAGAGGAAUAUCCCCGGAACACAUAUUGCUUUUGGCAUUUUUCCACAGUCCUGGGACAUCGAGUCCAGUUAACUUUCCACGAGUUUGAGGUGGAAAAUCAUCAGGAAUGCAUUUAUGAUUCUGUUUCUAUCCAUGAUGGUAGAUCGGAAAACAGCUCGACAUUGGGAGUCUACUGUGGUGGUAGAGAGCCAUACGCAGUGUUGGCGUCUACAAAUGAAAUUUUUAUGGUUCUGAAAACUGAUGCUGGUCUACAAAAGAAGGGAUUUAUGGCAACUUAUUCAACAGAAUGUGGAGGAUAUUUGCGCGCAACCAACAAAACUCAGGUGUUUUACUCGCAUCCUAGGUUCGGAAGUCGACCAUAUAAGCGCAAUAUGUACUGCAACUGGCGUAUCCAAGCUGACCCCGAGAGCAGUGUUAAGAUAACAUUCCUUGCCUUCGAAGUAGAGUACUCGGAUGGAUGUGACUAUGAUUCAGUUGAAAUAACUGAAGAUGUGAAUUACAUGAGAAACACAAACCACGGAAAAUACUGUGGCAAUAGGAAACCAGCAGCAGUGACUUCAUACUCGGAUACCCUUUUGGUUCGAUUUCAGUCAGAUGAAAGUACUUCAUUAAAGGGUUUUGCUAUAUCAUUUGUGGUUGUUGAACCACCCGACGAAGAAUCUGGAGAUGCAUUGGAUUCGGUUACACCAUUCCCAGGAUAUAUGAAGAGUGUAUACUAUGCAGCGGAUGGUGGUAAUAUGUAUGAUGACUACGAUGAAGGUAAUCGUAGAUUGGGUGGUAUUGGGAAGUUUAUUUAAGGACAUUCAGAAGGAUGCUUUUGGAUGGGAAUUAAAUGCGAUGGUGUGUAAAUAUGUAUUUUGUAUAUUAUUUUUUAUAGAUUUUAAGGAUAUUAUUUUAUAAUAAAUAGUACAAAGAAUUGA